AUGCUCAAAGUAGGCCUACGCAGUGUUGCUCGUCCCUGUCUCCGCGGUGGCAAUGUAGUAAACAGGGCAGUGCCCCGUGCAUUGACACUGGUCUCCAUGCAGCAUCGCAGAUUGGCGUCGUCGUACGUCGAGACGGAUAGAGGAGAGGGUAGACUGCUCAUCGAACAGCGGAAGGCAAGACCCAUCUCCCCACACCUCACCAUCUACCAGCCACAGUUGACGUGGUAUCUGUCGUCUGUGCAUAGAGUGUCCCUCGUGUUUAUGGGGUUUGCAUUCUAUCUGGUCACAAUACUGUUCGGUGUGAGUGGUCUGCUAGGGCUGAACGUCACGACGGAGAAACUGACCAAAUGGUACCACGACAGAGUGUCUGCUGUGUCGCAAUGGACGGUGAAGGUCGGUGCCGCGUACUUGUUUGCCCUGCACUACGGCGGGGCCAUAAGACACAUGUUCUGGGAUCUGGCAAAGGAAUUGACCCUCAAGGGGGUGUACAGGACCGGGUACGCUGUGCUAGGGUUUGCCGCGGUCGCCGGUACGUACUUGCUCACUUUGUAG